AUGACUAAGAUAGAAGGUCAAUCGCAGGAAAAGAAAGUAAAAAGAUCGUCUGGGUCUGCUUUCAAGCUCACCAUUGUCAGUUUAUUUAUUGCACUAGCAUGUAUAUAUUACAAAUUUUCUGCUGUAACAGAGGUGCAUGAUAUAAAAUUGGGUGCUCGUAAUGAUCAAGACUCGAUGGCAAGUCAAAACAGAGACUAUGAUCAGCUAAAAGAUAACAAUGAUGGCAUAAAUGAUGAUAGAAUUUAUCGUUCAAUUUUAACACAUUUUAUAGCUGGUGAGCAAGAGGAGGGAGUUGGUGCUAGAGUUAGACGUUCUGUUGGUACUUAUCAAAUGAGGAGGUUCACACCAUUUUUGAUGUUGGAUGACUUCACUGUAGCUCCUCCAAAUGGGUUCCCCGAUCAUCCACAUCAUGGUCAAGAAACAAUUACAUAUGUUACUGACGGUAUGAUUGCUCAUGAGGAUAUAACUGGUUCAAAAGGUGUUUUAUUGAAGGGUGAUCUUCAAUUCAUGACUGCUGGUAAAGGUAUAGUUCAUUCCGAAAUUCCAGUUACCACAAAGGAUGGUAAACCUUGUCGUGGUCUGCAAUUAUGGGUUGAUUUACCUUCAGAUAUGAAGAAUAUUGAUCCUCGCUAUAGAAACUUGAGAGGCAAUGAAACACCUGUUGCUUAUCCCAAUGAGAAUUUAGAAGUUCGUGUCAUUAGUGGUAAGUCUUACGGUGUUGAAUCAUUGAGAGAUUUGGCAUACACUCCUGUUCAUCUAUAUCAUUUCCUAGCAAAUAAGACUGGAACUGAGUUUGUCCAAGAUAUUCCAGAAGAUUUCAAUGUAUUUAUUUAUGUUAUGAAGGGUUCUAUUCAGGUUAAUGAUGUUGAGUUGACGACUUUUAGUUCUGCAUUUUUCGAUGUUGAUGGUAAUGCAAUCAGGGGCAAAGCUCUGAGUGAGGAUGCCCAGUUUGCAAUCAUUGCUGGACGUAUUCUUGAUCAAGAAGUCAUUCAGCAUGGGCCAUUUGUUGAGACAAAUAGAGAGAAAUUAAUGGAAGUAUUCAGAAACUAUCAGGAAGAAAAGAAUGGUUUUGAGAAUGCUCACAGUUGGAGAUCUUCAAUUCAUGAUGGUAUUUCUGAAGAAGAAGCCUUAAAGUUAUAUAGAGAAUAA